CACUCUCAGAACCGCCUACGCCGCAUCUCAAAAAGAAAAAACACCCGACGCCAACUCUCGGAGCUAAUAAUUCGCUCUAAAAAAAAACUCGCACUUUCGUUGCGCGCGCUUUUCAUCCGGCGCAUGCGCACUACCCGCUAACCUACAAACCCAAAGACGGCGAGUGAUCGCGUUAUAUAGGACGAGCAACAGCGAAAGCGAGAAUAAGAGGAAGGAAAGAGAGGGAUAGAGAAAGAGCUAAGAGUGAACGGUUCGUCUUCCCACGCAAUCUUGACGCUUCGGUGCAGGUAGAGUAUAGCGUCACACUCGCACGCGGCAGAUCAAGAGUAUAUAGAUCGCGGGGAGAUUUUUCACGGCCGAGUUGCCUCUGAUAUAAUACUGUAAUACUCUUACCGACGAGGAAGAUCGCCGGCACGUGCAGCGGAGGACAUGGCCGGCGUUGUGCCGCUCAGCUCCGGGAAGUCCGGCAGGAGACAGUGGACGCUUCACGAUGGACCAAAAGGCUCUCUCAGAAGACUGCGCUCUCAGCUGGCAGAAGAUGGUUGUCCGGAAUCCCAAGUUGUUUUGGCUAAACAACUCUUGGACGAAUGCUGUGAACUGGAUGUUGAUAAAGAGGAGAAUGCUAAACUGGGUGUAUAUUGGUUGACCAAAGCAUCGGAACAGGGUAAUUUGGAAGCUACAGAUAUUUUACAUAAGUGCUUGGCAAGUGGAAGAGGAAUUACUGAACACAAUUACUAUGAUGUGAAGAGCUGCCUUGACAUGUCUCAAGAUGAGAAGCUUGCUAGGCGUGCUGCUAGAGAAAUGUUUACAAGUCUGUCCAAUGGAGAAGAGUUUAUAACAACUGAGCAGCUACAAAGGUGCAUGAGAGACUUGGUGUUUCCUUCUACCAGUGACAAAUUAAGUAGAACUCGUUAUGUAAAUGGAACAAACCAUCUGCAAAAAUCUUUGACUGGAGACAGUGGUGAUCAGGAAUUAUCUUCGGAUGAUGAUUCAAGUCCAGAUCAAUCAUCAAAAGAUAAAGACAGGAUUCAAGAUGUCUCUCAAGCGGACUGGUCAGCACCACAAGGAGAAAAAAUAACAGAAGCAGCGUUGGUUUCUGCCGCGGCAUCUUACGCCCGAGGCUGUCUACCAGUUGUCUCGCGCGUCGUGUGCCUCGUUGAACCAACGCAAAUGGACUUGGAUGCUGUACCUCUACUUCAACGACCUUUUGUCCAUCCACUGGCCUCUCUCAAGCGCCUCUACAUCUGGCUUGUCGAAAGUCUAGGCCGUCGAGGUCUACCCCUCCGCAAAUUUUUCUUUACUACCCAUCUGCACGCUGUGAUCCUUAUACUCCUUCACGCUCUUUUGGGAGCUGAAAGUGUUGUAUUGUUUGUACCUCUGGCUCUCUAUUACUUGUCUUUCGUUGUGAUGACCAUCGCCACUUUUCAAAUUCUGCAGAGGAAGCGUGAGCUAAGUAACCUUAGGGUUUGGUCGCGCUUAUUCCUUAGCUAUUCGGGUGGAAGCUUGAAUCCGGAAGAGGCUGAAUACCAGUUUUGCCGCAACAACCUCAAGCCCUACGCUCACUUCUUUUUGGCUUUGCUGCUUAACCUUAUGCUCUUUCCUAUAGUGGCGACUCAAUGGACGCCUCAAUCGGAGUUUACUGUCAUAGCAUUUGCACUGACAUUGGUCACUCUACUGAAUUUCGUUUGGAGCGAAACGACGUCGCGCUACCCGGAUUUCCUGGCGUUGUUCAGCUUCAGCGUGAAUGUCCUGGCCAAGUACCCCUACGAGAUGGACGUCGUGGUUGCACAAACUUGGCGUUUCCUUGACAUCAAAGUGCCAACCUUUGCUUCAUACGUCGUGGGAAAUGGCAUCGAGUUCUGCUUGAACUUUCGCUUGGUUUUCUAUCUACUAAUUCCUGCAGUCUUCCUGAAGAUGGCUGCUAGGGACAACUGGCGAGGUACCUACAAGACUUUGAUCCCACACUGCGUCACUCUCAGCUGGUGGCAACUUGCUGUAUUGAGCUCGCAAAGCGCUACGUGGUACGGACUGAUCAGAGGAGCUUUAGCACUUGUUGGCAUGGUGUUGUUUUUGCCCAUCGUUGGAUUGGCUUCAAUCGUAUUGCCGAUUGUUGCUACUGCAAAGUAUAUGUCUGAGAGCGAUUUGUUCAUGAGGAUCGGCAUUACGACCGUUCUUGGUGGUAUGCCGUUCCUGGCUUCAUGGUAUCUAAGGAAAACCAGGGCUACUAGAAGACUCAACUGGCUUAUUACAUGUGUUCAACUAAUCCUUGGAUUUACUGCUGGCGCAUUUCUCACCUGGCCAAUGAUAACCGGCUAUAAAGACCAUUCAUCGGGUAUUGAAUCCAGUCCUUUCGAGAUGCCGUCCGAACUCAGUUGGGAACAGUAUCAAAACUACUGUCAUCAGCCUGCCUGGGAAGAGUCUUCAUCCAAGGCUCAGAUUCAGGUGCAGUGUGCUCAACUCGAAGGUGUCUCUAUCUCCUGGGAAGGAUACGUCACCAACACUCGCGUCAAAUCUGUGAAAAAUAAUCUGGCGCUUGCUUUGGAUUACUUGCCCGAUUUAAUCGCUAAUCCUCUGCGUUGUGCAUUUGGUGAACCUCAUGUAGAUGAUUGUGACAAACAUACCAACGAGCUUCGCAAGCUCAAUUGCAAGGCUUACCUGAAUGUGCGCAGGAAGAAAAGCAAGUGUCACCUGUCGGCUUGGAACUGGUACGAAUUCGAGAUAGCCGUGAAGAUGAAAAACGGUAUUUGGGGUAGCGCAGCUCAAGUUGUCUUAAUGGGUGACAGGUCUUUUUCCAACUUCAGUUUAAGUAUCUAUCCAGGAGACAAAAUCUGGUUCAGUGGAACGUUGUCCAAUGUAGGAUUCGAGAGUGAAUCACUUUUGGGAGGCACUUUGCCCCAUGUCAUACUCGAUGAGGUAGGUUGUCACGUUUGCCAUACAAUAGACCUCAAGUCGUACAAGAGACAGAGGCUUGGAAUAGGUUUGCACGAUGUCGCCAAAGCUGUUUAUCUAGGUGGCAAGACUGUCCUGAAUUUCCUUCUUAAUCCCAUCGUAAUUUUUAAGUAGAGCUUUACAACUCUUUAAAGGAUGGUAUGAUCACAUUUUUCUAAAGUAAUUUAGUUAAUCUUCAGAGGUCACAAGCGUUGCCAAUGUAAAGUAUGAUCAUUUGCUAAUGAUAUAUUUUGCGAAAUGGAUUUUUUUACUACCUUUAGAAAGAACAUGACGAUAAGAAAUUGAUUUUUAAAACUUUUUUAUGUUAGUGUUCUUUUCAAUCAACGCCUUCACCAAAAUGAAAUUAAUAAUUUUGUGUAUUUGUUAAUGCUUCAGUUGUAUAAGUAUUCAGUAUUUUCACAUGAAAUUAUUCAAUUCUUUUUUUAUCUUUUUUAAAUAUUAAGAGGCAUUGAUAAUUUUAUUGUUAAUGAUUCUUGAUUUUAAUGUAUUACCAGUGUCACCAGUGAAAAAUAGUAUUGAUGAGUAAGGUUCAACUAACUAGAGAAUAUGUAAGUUAGCUUGAUAAAAUCUACUAAAUGGUGUUUAGAAUACAAAUGAUCACCUAUUUUGCGUUACCUUCGACUCAGGUAUUUACGAAAACACUUGCAGCUGUAUUUUUAAGUAUAUGAAAGAAUGCAUCUGUUUAGUUGAAUGAAUCGUACAUCAUAUCUUGAGUCUGUAGAUAAGUUGAGACUUCGUUCAAAGCAUGGUAUAAAUGUAUUUUCUAGGAGCCAUCCUUAAAUUUUAAUAAUCGCAUAUAUAAAUAUAUCCUCUAGAGGCUUUACAGCCAUAAAAAUGUAAAGAUAAAGGAUUAAAAUAUUUUUUUAUUACGUUAAAUAAUAAAUGUAAGUAAUAGUGAUUUAUAUUAUGAAGACUUCAUUUACUAAUCGUUAAUCUAUAAAUCGUUACUUCCAUCCUAUAAAUAAUAAUUAUUCUUGUUCACUCUAGGGGUCUAUAAGUAGUGAUUAUUACUUGUGUCAAAACUUAAAAUCCUCUUAGGCAUUUAACAAAAUGUAUGAGUAGCAAGUAAAGAAAGCAGUUGCUUCUUCUUUUUCAAGAAUAUAUCAAAUUAUAUCAUUUUAAUUGUGCCUAAAAUUUAGUAUUACGUACAAACUAUAAUGUAUUAAUCUUCAUCUUUAUUGAUGUCGAAUUGUUUAAAAUAAAGUUGUGUAGUUUAUGGUAUAAAAAUAUAAAAUGAUACGUUGCCCAAAAUUAAUUGUAUACAAUUUGUUGGAUUAUAAAAAUGGAUGUGCCUUGUACUUUAUUGAACUGUUAUGAAAAUACUUGAAAUUUUUUUUAAUAACAAAAAUCAUUGCUUCUUUUAAGUAGGCCACCGAUAUUAAAAUUUCUGUACAGGUUUUUUUUAGCUUAAUGGAGCAAUUUAGUUGCGCAAUUGUAUUAAGGUGAAAAAAUAUUGAUAUUAUGUAUCAAUAAUUAUGUUUCCAUACUAUUUAUCAAGUGGUUUAUUAAUGUCUUUUAUCUUCUAUUUAAUUCUUUUUAAAUAUAAAUAAAUAAAAAUAUUGUAUUC